AUGCAAUUUAAUUUGUUAGUUUUCACAAGUAUUCUCACUUUGAGUUCCAGUCAGUUUCUGACUAAUACAAUUCCGAACAUCACCGAUGUGUCAGCCAUGUGCAGUAGUGAAGGAAUAACCGCAGCCAUUGACUUCUCAGACAAAUUUUCGGGAAAAAUAUAUUCAUUAGACUAUGCAACAAUUCAUGAUUGUGUUUAUUUCAAUAGUUUGGAUACUAGGACUGUACUAUUCUCGAUUCCCGCUCAUCGCUGCGGCACGAAGUUAUCGCGAACUUCGAGAAAUAUCAUCGACCAGAUGGAGAACAGAGUCUAUGUUCAGAUGGAUAAAGAUAUGCAAUCAGCUGCAGAUAAACAGUUCAACUUCAUUUGUCAGCUAUCAGAUGGACGAAUAUCAAAAACUGUUCGGCGACAUCCCAUGCGCGAUUCGUAUGUUGUAGCAUCAGAUGCCAAGGGAAUGGGGGAGCCUAUAAAACCUAAAGAAGUACGAAUAGCUGCUUCCUCUGACAUAACCUUUGGCAACUGGCCGAUCCCAGGAUCCAAGCCAUAUAAUCCAUCAAUGAAACCAUCAGCAGUGUUCCCGAAGCUGCCUGUAGCUGGUAUUAUUAAUUAUGCCACUUCGCCUGCAUCGAUUACAUCGAAUCACUUAAGUUCAGCUCAACAGUUCUUCCUCAGUGAGCCGAUAAAGGCUAAUGUUUUAGACCACUAUCCAUCACCAUCAACCUACAACCAGCACUUACCGUUAACUAAUCCUAUUCAAGCCACAAUAAGAAGAGCCCCUGCAAAUCCCUCAUUACCAACAGUCUCUUCAGAAAAUUAUGUUCGUCCACCGAUCAAUAAUUAUAUAUCUUCAUCAUUUGCCAAAAAUCCCCCAAUCAUUCCAUUAAAGUCACCAAUACUGGAAGCUACAACUGUUCCAAAUAAGUACGUCGAAACCCCACAAUUACCCAUUAACCCUGACAUUCACAUUAAACAAGGAAUCGGAAUGGGCGCCGUUAUGGGGCAUCACUCAGCUACGCCAGUUCCUGCAAGAACAUGGAACUUGGGUCAAGUAACAAUGCCAUCUAAUGCAUAUGAGACAACACCGUCAAACACGCGCAGAAAGUUCAUAGAAGAGCCUAAACGAGUUGGAGUAGAGUUUACAAACGAUGUGAACGAGAACACAAUAACAGUAAGCGAAGAUAGUACUCCUAAAGUCCAUUUAAUAUCCACGCAAGAACACUUCGCUCCUCAUGCUAACGUCCAACUUGAAAUUCAGGAGGGAAACGGUCCUUUCGGUACUGCUGUUUCAAAACCAGUCAAGAUCGGUGAAAACAUCACUUUGGUAGUGAGAGCGCUAUCUCAAAUGAGAGAUAAGAACAUGUAUGAUAUGUUUGUUCAUUCUUGCUUUGCCACUGAUGGUCCUGGAACAACCAAGAUUGAUUUGAUCGACAGAGAUGGUUGUGUUAUCAGAAAAGAAUUUGUAUCUCCAUUGAAACGAACCAGAAACGAUACUCAGAUACUGUAUUACUUCCACAUAUCUGCCUUUAAGUUCCCCGGACCGGAUGAUGUCUACUUUUCAUGUUCGAUAGAGUUAACACCAUUACGUUCAGCUCCAGAAAUAUGUACAACGCAGAGAAGAACGAAGAGAGAUGUUUCUCAAGACAUGCGCCUCUUUGACAUUGUUAAAGUAGAGCUGGCGGAGAAGUACGAAAACGACAAAUUGAUUGCAGCCGAAAGCCAGAUGUAUUGUGGAUCUCAAUCUUUCAUCAUCUUCGUAACUUCAAUAGUUUUCUGUGUUCUAAUAGCGUUUACCGUAUCCACCACCAUCGCUAUAACACUAAAUGCGAAGCUUCGUUCAUUACAAAUGAAAUUAUAG